AAAUGCUGUAGCCACACAGGCAGAGAGCCAGUGUCCAGUUUCACUGUAGCAUACCAGCAGUGCUAGAGACCGGAGAGAUGGCCGCACUGGUGACGAGGCUGUCACUUGCUCUAGCUGCGCUCUUGUCUGUAUGCGCAGCGCAGCCGGGCAUCAGGUUCGGGUACUACGACAAGACGUGCCCGGGAGCGGAAGGGAUCGUGUUCAGGGAGACGACGAGGAUCGUCAGGGCGUCGCCGGACCUGGCCGCGUCCCUGCUCCGGUUGCACUACCACGACUGCUUCGUGCAGGGCUGCGAUGCGUCGGUGCUGCUCGACUCCACGGACGGCAGCCCGGCGGAGAAGGAUGCCAUGCCCAACCAGAGCCUCCGCGGCAUGGACGCUGUCGCACGGGUCAAAGACAAGCUCGAGAAAGCGUGUCCGGCCACUGUCUCCUGCGCCGAUCUUCUCGCGCUCAUGGCACGAGACGCCGUCGUUCUGAGCAAAGGCCCGUCCUGGCCAGUGGCGCUCGGCCGGAGGGACGGCCGGACGUCCAGCGCAGAAAACUGCGGCGAGCUGCCGCCGCUCUACGGAAACAUCACGGUCAUGAUCGAGGUGUUCGCGGCCAAGGGCCUCGAUGUGAAGGACCUCGUAGUGCUCUCGGCCGCGCACACGCUUGGGAAGGCGCACUGCUCGUCCUUCGCCGACCGCCUCUACAAUGGCAGCAUCCGCAGCACCGACCCGACCCUGGACGGAAGGUACGCCGACAGGCUGAGAAUGCGCUGCCGCGGCCCCGGCGACAGCAGCGCGGCAGCGGAGAUGGACGCCGGUAGCUGCGAGACGUUCGACACGAGCUACUAUCGGCAGGUGGCCAGGAGGCGCGGGCUGCUCAGGUCGGACGCCGGGCUCAUGGAGCAUCCCUUCACCGCUGCCUACGUCCGCCGCGCCGCCACUGGCAGGUACAACGGGCAAUUCUUCCGGGACUUCCGCGUCUCCAUGGCCAAGAUGGGCGCCAUCGGCGUGCUCACCGGCAACCAAGGGAAGAUCAGGACCAAGUGCAACCUUGUCAAAUGAAUGUACUCUAGGCUCAGCAUUAAUCCGGCAUUCCUCGCGCAUCAUUGCAUUGUCACGAACUAGGAUGUGCCACAAUUUAUUUAACCCUUCUAUUUUAGAGUAUUAUUUAUUACUACGAGCUCGCUAUAGAUAUUCAUGUUAAUUUGCUUCGUCGGUUUGUUAUGUAGUAAACUGAUUGAUUCUCAAUUUGAUUUUAUUUUUCCUA